AUGGAUGCCUCUGGCAUCUCUGCCUCGUGGACAGACCUGCUCGCUCAAAGUCCGUCCUCGCCAGGCAGCAGCUCGCGCGUAGCGCUUAGCGAAGUCGCUGCCCUCUGUCUAGCGCUGGAGGCCCCAAAGUGCUAUGCCGUGUACCGGCCAAGCAAUUUGGCCAGCGGUGUCAGCCGCCACACCUCGCCAGCGCCUGCGCUCGCAACCCCACAACACUUUCUCCAGCUUCUUACCCGCUUGCGUGAAGCACUCGGCACGUCUUCGGAAGCCGCGCGCAUUGCUGAAGUACUGGUGGACCUGCUCAACAAACCUCCUCACCCACACCAGCCCGGGCCAUGGGACCUUACUCAGAACGAGGUGCGCACUGUCAAAGCCACUGCUAUCCAGCAUGUAAUGGACACCAUACAAGGGGGCGGCGAUGCACUAGCGUGGCUAACGCGCCUCCUCCGACUGACAGACACAUGCGCGGGAGACGGAGAGGCAACAGAGUCGGAGGUGCCGCUGUUGUCGACAGCGCUCCAAGAGCGCUACAGUUUGCACGGAGGGUCGCCUACCCGCCGGGUGCACUGCGGCGACGCUGACGGUGAGUGGCUUCUCACACGCUCUCCGGUGGUACUCGCGGCGAUUGCAGCUGCGAUGCUACGCAGCACAACGAAGGGGAUGAAGGCGCACGCGCUGGAACUUUUGGAGGCUGCCACCAUUACGCGCCUUUCGUGGACGUCUCUCUCACCUGGCAAGGCGGUCGCGGGCUCCUCUUACUGCAGCGACAUGCAGCACGGAGCACCAAAGGCGUUGUUUGAUGAAAUGGUGGCGGUGCGUUGUGCUGAAGCUGCCGCCGUGCAAGGGGACGCAGAGACCGUGACGCGUCUCAUCUUUCUCCUGUACCGCGCGCGUGGUGCGCUGGGGUUCGCCACGUUGGCCGAGCACCGAGAGCGACGGCGCAGCGGCCGCGGCAGUGAGGGCACGUGGCGAAGGACAAGCAGUGGUCUUCCACCUCGCACCUCGUCUUGGUUCAGCGCGCGGUGGUGGUGCAGGGACGACGGCGCCAUGGUGAAGAGGCCUGCGUUGGUGGAAGAAGAUGCCGCAGACAUGCGUUUUGAGCUGGCUGUGGUGCGUCUGCUGAAGAGCGCCAUGCAGGCUCUCCUGUACCAUCCCCAGCGCACGAGCGACACCGUCAUCUGCACGGUGGAAGAGGCGCUCUCAUUGUGGGAUGGAUUGAGGGGUGCCAUCAGCUGGCCUGGCAUCGCUGCAAUCGGUGCAGAGCUGCUGCGCUACCUCGCCGACCAGCACGCACGGUUGUCCGUGGCGGCAGACGCGGGUAACGGCGGCGCCGCCUCGGACGAUGUGCACGUCCAGCGGGCAUCGCUGCGAGUAUAUGGCCACCUCUGCCGUGCCGCACCGGUGCGUCAGCGCACGACAGCCCAGCGUGACGAGCUGAACCACUUCACCUCGCUGAUGCUGCGCAUAUUCUCCGCCGAGCUUGUUGUGAUCGGAAGUGCUGGUAUGCUAGUCCCAGUGGCCGCGAGCACCACCGCGGCGGAGCAGAUUUUGAGGCUCUUCGCCAACCUCUCAGGGCCUCGAGUACAAGAGCUCGCGCUGCCCUACGCGCUCGCUGCGUCCCUCGUCAUCUUCGCGGCGGCCGCAACGCAGAAAGGCUAUAGCGUUCCGCCGUCUCUCCUUGCCCCUCUCGCCGCGUACUUUUCUGAGACCCAGUCGCUGCACUACUACUGCGUGGCUGCGACAUCGGCAGGGGUGCCGGCACACGUUGCGGUGAGUGGCAGCCUGGUACUUCUCCACUUGUUGCUUUGGUCAAGCGUGCCGGAGGGUGAGUGGGCACGUGGCGACGGGGAGCUGUGGCCGCUGUUGCAGCGGAUGCAGAAGGUCAAAGAAACCGGUCAAGGUGCAGACGCCGUCGCCGCUGUACCGGCCACCGCAGCUGCGCACCGCGUCACGGCGUGGCUGAGGGUUUCUGGAGAUCAGCAGCGGUCACUUCUAUGGCUUUUGCUGCUCUCCGCUAAGCAGCGUGACACGUCGUGGUGCAGUGCGGUGGCGAACGCAUUUUCCAGCCCCGCCUCCUCCACCGUCGUCAACUGCGCCGUCAGCUCUGUCUACGCUCAGCUGCCGCAGGCAGAGCUAAAGAGCGUAGUGGAGCUUCUCUACGCGUGCGGCAACAACGACGACCCGGCACAGGCCAGUCAGACGCUAGAUCGUGUGGUAAGCGCGUCCUUGCAACUCCCAAUUCGUACCCUCACCUUGGAAACCCUUGACGCGCAGCUGCAGCGAUUCUCCGCAGGACGCCAAGCCACCUCGGUGCUGGUGUUGGGAACUGCUUCCAUACGGGCGCUCGCCGAACGCUGCGCCACAACUUCGAGGAAAGAUGCUGAUGACGAGUUGACCGUGGAGGAUUUUCUGCGUGUGUUGCAGCCGCUGCUUGUUGGGCCAACAGCAGCGCUUCCCCUGCGCUUUACGGUGGUGGUGCUCACUCCGGCUUCUCUUGUAGAACUGCAGCGCAUGUACACAGGUGCGGACGACGCCCCACGGCAGGCCUCCGCAUUCGUGCGUGCCCUGCACGACGCCCUCGUGAGCAGGGCGACGCCUAGCGCCUACCAAGUUCACGCCGCAUCCUCCUGGCCUCUCCUUCCGUUCUUAGCGCUUGCUCUCCGAGAGCAGAAGGAGUUGCGGUGUGUGGACGGGUUGCGAGAGGCUACAGCAGUGGCGCGGCAUUUGGAGCACACGCUCCCAAAGGAGUCGCGACCGCUGGUGUGCCUGUGGGUCGAAAGGGAGGCACUUUUUGAUUCGCCCCACACCCUUUCCGCCAAGGCUAAUGUGCUGCGCCACUAUGGCGUGCGUGAAGUCAGCACCCACCGUGCUCAUGUGGAGAAAGCAAAGCGGGACAUCUUCUCGCUUGUGCGCAACGGCCCUGCAGGCACGGUGCAUCCCACUGGUGCGCAGGUGACCGGAGAAGCUGCCCUCGCCGAAGCGAAGGCGGCUCGUCGGACGCGCCACCACUCGCUCUUGAGUGCCGUUUCAGAGAGGAGCAGACGCCAGCGCAGUGCGUAA